CGCAGAUAUAUACAGUCGUGGCUAUGGACCUGUACCCAUCAGUGCCCACCUUAAUCACAUACCUCUUCCAGAACAGGUGGGCGCCUGUUUGUGAUGGCGACCCCAUUUCAAAAUCCCACUGGAUCCUCUACCAAUCAAUCAGCCACUGAUUUCGAGCCUUCCGAACAAUGGAAGAAUCACCUGAAAGUGGAUAUCGAGACCAACUUGCGUUCCAUGGUCGACGAAGCCAAACAGAACCUACACAACGCCCUGAAGAGAGCCCCAGUCAGCGCUGUCGAGCGCCAACGCUUGACUGAGGAAUACCUCGUUACCAUGAGGAACAUCCGUAAUCUUGCCGAGGAACAGUUCCGUAUCUCCCUAGAACGUGAACGCCAAGUACGCCGUUGGUCUACUGGUCAGGUCUUAGAUCAGGAAUGGUCGGACACCAUAAGAAAGGAGCAACAAGCUAUCCUAGACAACAUUGAAAGAAAACGCAAAGAUAAUGCUACUUAUUCUUCCUCGUCUCAGCCCAUCGCAGAUUUUUUAAUAUCUCGUUCUAGCCGUUCUUCAGAACGUGUUUGGACCCCGCACGAGCACGCGGAAUUCGAGCACGACGCAGAUUACUUCCCUCGUUUACCCAGCCGGGAAUUUGAGGAAGACCACUUACCACCACCUCGUAAUACUGGGAAGGCUCGUGCCGGGUCUGUUAGUAGUGCAGUUGGAUCAUACAAGCCACCGUCCACGUCGGAUACAACAGACAGAGGUGUUGAGCGCCCAAAGCCUUCACACGCCAUCGACGAACUAGACGACAUACCUAGAUCUGUUCGGUCAGCUACGGAUGUUCAGGACAGCAUCGGACGCGGAAGCCUUCACUGCAGAGCUACUAGACAGCUCCCAGAAAUCUGGCUCCCUUCUAUCACGCCUGAACAAGACGCUCAGAUGUCUCGUCCUUUCAGUAUCGCGCGUCGUGGGAGUACAGCGAGCACUACCUCUUCCUAUCGGGCACCAUCAGUGGUCAACAUCCCGUUUUCUUACGAACCGCAUGACAGUACGAUCGAGAAAGAGGGAGAGCGUAUUUCGGCUAUGAAACAGGAGUGGAGCUCUAUGGAUAGAGCGAGAUAUGGAGAGAGAACAACUCCGUACACUUAUGCUGAAGCUCGGGCUGGCGUCACAACCACUCCUCAGCGUCUGGACGAAUGUUAUACACCGCCCGUAUCCUCAGUUGCACACAUCAUAAGCUCCGCAAUCUCAUACACUCGCCCCAUAGAAGGCUUAAGUUCCACAGUCCCCAUCGCAUACACUCGCCCCGCAGACGGCCCAAGCUCCAUAGUCCCCAUCAGCUACAUGCGCUCCUCGGACAGUUCUCACCCACACGCACCCCCACCAUCAGCCAGCAGACCCAUCGUCGCCGAGAAAUCCUUCACGUAUGACGGCGAUUUUCAGGCUAGCCCGAGUCCCAAAGGCUGGACCAGUCCCUCACGCUCGCCGUACGACCCCCGCUACGAAACCUCGCGCUCUCCACAGACACCAGGAGAAAUUCCACGGAAUUGGCAGUCUUCUAACUUGCGCGCAGGGCCGUCAUCGCAAGACAUGCGCUACGGGUAUAAUCCGAGCGAGACUGGGUCCUAUGCUACUCGGCCUGUUCAUACGCAUCAUGAGGUGUCAGAGGGGGAAUAUGAUGUGGACCUCGAUGAUACUGGGUGGGAGGAGUAUGAUGAGGUAUCGGAGGGGGAAUAUGAUGAGGUGUCAGAGGGGGAGUAUAAUAUGGACCUCGAUGAUGCUGAGUUGUGGGAGUAUGAUGAGCGCCGGAUGCCUCAGAGAGAGGCAAGCGUGAGUUUGGGGAGGGAGGAGGUUGCUCAGCCCGAGCAAGAAUUGAGGAGGGAAAAGAAUACGAGACGUGGGGCUAAGCUAAUGGAGGAGCUCAGAUCAGACGACAAGCAGCAGGUUCAGCAGGAUGAAUUUCGAAAGCGCGAAGAAAAUAUACGCCGCCAGCGCACAGAAGAAAAGAAGAAACAGGAAAAGUUCAAAUGGGAGUCCUGGAAUCGUUAUCCACCGGAGACUACUAGUAGUCGACCCAUACCACCUCCCCAGAUGGCUACUUCUCAAUCUCAAUCUUCGUCUUCUACAGGACCUUGGCCAAUCGCCAAUCGUAGCGACCGUAGCAUACCUGGACCAAGUCCGCCGACAGAUAGGAGCAGCUUUGGAUCAACCAGCACUAGUCGUAGCAGUGCUGCCUGGACGACCUCGACUCGGCCAAACUCGACAGGUAGUUCGCCCCCACCGAGCACACCUAAGUCAUCAACGUCAUCAGCCCAGCAGAACGCCAAAACGGCACUCGGUCCCCCGCCUACCCCCUUUUCAGAAGUGGAGUUCCACCGUCGUCAGGCUGAACAAGCUCAACAGCGCGAGGAACAAUUCCGUCGUGAGCAAGCCAAGUUGGAGCAGGAAAGACUCUCGAAGGCUGUCAAGGUGAAGCAGGACGCUAUUACUAUCAAGCUCUUUGAGCGCCAUCGUGGUCAGUGGGAUAAAUUACAGAUGUCCCGUGUGUUGAUAUGGGACAAUUUCCCAUGGCCUGUGUUCAAACGCUCCAACGGCCCCGAUGAUAUCACGACUCCUGACAUCACUGUCUACAUGUUGUCGUCUCUGCAUCCUAUCGACAAGUCUCCGAGGCACCGUGUAAAGGAGAACAUCAAAUGGUGGCAUCACGAUCGAUUUGGGAUGUGGCUUCUACCGAAAGUCAAGGAGAGCGACAGAGACAGCGUGCGAGAAGCUGCGAGCACUGUGGCCAGGACGUUGUACCAUCUUCUACGCUCCAGCACGCAAGAUCCUGAUGUCUCGACCGCUAGCUCACGCAUCAUUAUACUCGAACCACCAUUAUUAGCACAGCAGAACACCAAUGCGCCAUCCCACCCCACAUACACCCCCAUUCCAGCUACACAGAUUCCCACUUCACCUUCGCCGGAAGCAACAGCAACAGUGGAAGAAGCUAGCCAAGAGUUGCCCGAUUCCGUGUCAGAUUUGCUGGAAGAUCUUACCAACGAGCUCCAGAGGAAAUCGUCUUUCCCGGCCGCUUCCGGAGGUUUUGGGGACAUCUGGAAGUGUAUUUUAGUCAAGGCGAAUGAAAACGUCGAUGUAUGCUCCACUUGUGUUACUUCCUGUCGCAUUGUCCUGAUCAUGAUCCAGGUGGCAGUAAAGACCAUCCGUGCUUUUGAGACGGAUAACGAGGAGUCGAGGCAGAAGAAAGCGAGGGUAACGUCUCUGUUCCAUGCAUCUCGAGUUUUUUUUAAUGAUGAUUCGGUUUAG